ACCGCAGUGCUCCGUGCCCCUCAGGCCCGUGCUGGGAGGAGAAAGCUAGCAGCUGAGGGCCGAGCAGUAUUCGUGGUGAUAUCCCUUGUAGUUGACGGUCUGAGGCCAGGCCUCAAGUGAGAACGGCUUCACUAUGAUGAGCGGACGGCCGGGCCGAGUGCCCUUACAGUUCCUGCCGGAUGAGGCGCGGAGCCUGCCCCCGCCCAAGCUGACCGACCCGCGGCUCCUCUACAUCGGCUUCCUGGGCUAUUGCUCCGGCCUGCUCGAUAACGCGCUCCGGCGGAGGCCGGUGAUGUUUACGGGUUUGCAUCGCCAGCUUCUAUAUGUUACUUCCUUUUAUUUUAUUGGAUAUUAUCUUUUAAAACGUCAAGACUACAUGUAUGCUGUGAGAGACCAUGAUAUGUUUGCGUACAUAAAAUCACAUCCGGAGGAUUUUCCUGAAAAAAAAGAUGAGAAAACUUAUGGCGAAAUUUUUGAAAAAUUCUAUCCAGUACGUUGAAGUCUUCAAAAUGCUUGUUCCAGUUUCAAGGAUACUUACUAUUUCUGAAUUUUAUGGAACAUGUUUCCAAUGACAGCUGAAGUUUAUGUUACUCUAUAUGUUAACACCAUGUAAUUAAAAUAGUUAUCAUGA